UCAAAGUUGCUACUUUUGCAUCAGACACCCUGUAUAAGUCUGUGGUCACUACACAUUGUUGUGUCCCGCAGUGCAAUAAUUAUUUGGGACAAAAUAUUACGUUCCACAAAUUUCCAAGGCAUGUCGCAUUGAGGAAGAAAUGGGUAAUGGCUUUGAGAAUCGGGAAAUCUGUUUCUAAUAGUAUGCGCGUUUGCGGUGCUCAUUUUAAAAGUGAAGAUUUCUUCCCUGGUGGUAAGUCUUACCAUAAACAGUUAUUGUCAUAAUGACAAAGAUUUACCAUUAAUGAUUCGUAUCAUAAUAUACUUUGUUUUUAUUUGUAAUUCCAUAGUCCUCCUUCAAAGAUUUGACAGAUAACAUCUAUCUACUUCCUUACAGCAAAUAAAGAGUGUCAUCAUCUAAAACUUCACACUGUCCCGUCUCAAAAAAUUCCUUUGCGGUCGUUUCAUUCCCAGAACACACCUCAAAAAGCUGAAAGAAUAAAACAACGAAGUGAAAGAGCUAAAAAGAGGCAAGUAUAUCCAUUAUUCAUCAUAGCAUCUUCAGAUAUCACAUUCUUUGUGGCAACCUUGUUUAAAGCUAUCAGUAAGCUGAAAAAUUAGUUUAAAAUUUCAGGAACCUGCUUGUACAUGAAACUGAAAAUAUAACUGACAAACAGAUAGACAAAGAAAAUAAUCCUAUUGUUGACAAAGAGCCCAGAGAGGAUGAGCAGAAUAUGUUAGAACCAACGAACAGAGAUGUGGGAGUGCAAACCGAUCUACAAGAACCUCCUGAAGCACUUCAUAACCUCAAGACAAGAGACAAAAACUUUAUUUUGCUUGAAGUCCUAACAGACAUGUCAAAAUUGUACACCUACACUGGUUUGUCGUCAUUUGAACUUUUAGAUACCAUAACAGAAUGUGUAUCUGAAAUUGAAACAGUGUCGACUACCAACAAGAAAGAACUUUCCCUGAAAGAGAGAAUUACUCUUACUUUCGUUAAGUUGAAAGUCAACAUGAGCUUCACAGCACUGGCAGUGUUAUUUGGAAUUUCCAGGCACACUUGUAGUAAUUAUUUUAAUGAAAUCAUACCUCUUCUAUCAACUGUAUUGGAGAGUGUUAUUCCUUGGCCAACUCAAGAAGAGAUCCGGAAGAACAUACCAAUAGCAUUCAAAAAUUAUAGGUCAACUCGAGUUAUUCUGGAUUGUGCUGAGAUUCCAAUUGAGAAGUCAAAAUGUAUUAAGUGCAGAAUACUAAGUUACUCUCAUUACAAAAAAGGUCACACAGCUAAAGUUGAAUUCUGUGUAGCUCCCUCUGGACUAAUUACCACAGUCUCCCUCGCCUAUGGAGGCCGUGCAUCUGAUAAAUUUAUUACUAACAAUUGUGGAAUUCUGAAUAGGCUCGACUACAAUGAUGCUGUUAUGGUAGAUAAGGGGUUUCUUAUUGAUAACGAGUGCAUGGAGGUAAGCAUUAUUACUAAAUUCUUUUUAUACUGUUAUAGAAUGGAGUAAGACUGAAAUAAUAUCUUGUCAUCUUUAUUUCAGCGAAAUUUAGUACUAGUGAGGCCACCUUUUCUAAGUAAGAAGAAACAACUGUCUAAGGCGGACGCUUUGAAGACAGCUGAAAUUGCAAGAGCAAGGGUCCAUGUUGAACGGGUUAUUCAACGCGUCAGAGAAUAUGCCUUCCUAAAGUCACAGGUGCCAUGGGGCCUGGUUCAUUAUUUAGAUGAUGUUCUUAUUAUUGUUUCAGGCAUUGUUAAUUUAAGCAAUCCAAUAAUGAAAAUUGAUAAGUUUAUGUAAAAAUGAUUAUUUUUAUUUAUAGUCCACAAUGC